AUGACGCUACGCCGCUCGUCGCGCGCUCCACCGCCAGCGCACAGCAACUCCUCCUCCUCCCUCUCCUCCCGCGACCGCACAACCAGAUCCAACAACAAAGCCUCCUCGCCGCGCAAGUCCGACUCGCCUGGCUCGCUCUCGUCCGAUGACGGCGACGACACCGGUCGCACCCGUCACAGCGAGGAGCUUCAGACUCGCCGCCGCACACGCGCCCAGGACAUCGAGGAGGAGGAGGCUGCCAAAAUGGACGAGGAGCUCGACGAAGAGGUCGGCGACGACGAGGAGGAGACAACACGCUGUAUUUGCGGCUACCAGGAGUACCCGGGCCCGCCGUCAGACGAUGAGGAUCUGGCGGUCGGCUCCGACCUCCAGGCCGAGGACGUGGGCGGCCUCUUCAUCCAGUGUGAUAAAUGCAAAGUAUGGCAACACGGCGGCUGCGUCGGCAUCAUGGAGGAGAAGGCGGUGCCAGAAAACUACUUCUGCGAGGAUUGCCGCAAGGAUUUGCACAACCUCUUGUCCAGUCCCAAAGGACAAAAGUACUCCCACUACAUUCCCGUCGUUGGCAACAAGGUGCUGUCGAAACACACCGCAAGAAAGUCCUCCGUUUCCAAAGAGGCCGAGUCGAGGAAUUCGAGAGAAAAAGACAAGGCGUCACGGUCGAGCGUUGAAGCGUUUACGAAGCGUCGUUCUACAAUGAACAGUCGGGCGGCGUACGAUGAUGACGAGGUUCUUCGCCAGGUUCUGGAGGACAGUAAGGGCGAAGGCGGAGCAACCGCGUCGGAAAAUGGUACCAGAAAAGGCAAAAGAGGCCGCGACGAAAGCGAAGAAGUCAAGCAAGGCAUCAAGCGGCAGCGAACUGGAUCAGGGUCUUCUAGCUCUCCUGCUCCAUCAGAGGGCCUUGACUCGGAUGAGGAUGGCCGUUCGAAGAGCAACUCGGCAAGCCAGAAACAGAAGCCACGUGGUGCCGCGGCAAGGAGUCAGCAGGAGAGAAUUGCGAGAGAACAAAAGGAAAAGGAGCGGGAACGAGCAGAAGCUGCCGGUAAGCGGAAAGGACGCGCUGACAGAAGACGUGGUGAAGACAUGGAGACAGAACAUCCUACACGCGAGACGCCAAACGAAUCCGAACAGCCAGAGACCGAGACGCCUGCGAACCAGACCCGCGACACCCCUACCGCGCCAGCAACGAAUCCCAAAAGAACCGGCAAGUCCGGUGGUCAGAAGCGCGGCGGCAAUCGCGUAGGGCGCAACCAGUAUACUCGCGAUCGCGAUGUCAAUUCAGUCGACAAGGCGCCGGGAUCGCCAGGUCGGAAUGGAGUGCGCAAUCACAAAGACAAAGAUGAAGAAGGAUCGCCAGUGAACGGGACAGAUACGGCAGCAAAUGGCAGCGGCAGCGAUGUCCCUGUGGUGGGAAGGAACACCAAGAGCGGCAAGAAGAUGGGUGUGUCCAAGCUCGAUAAGAUAAGCUGGAAAGAUAUGAACGGAACGGCUUCACACAUGCUGGAAUACAUCUCGCGUGUUCAGGUCGAGAUGGCCAGCGAGAAGACGUCCACGACCACCUCGGCCAUGGCUGUCGUGAAGACGCUCCAGGUGGUCAAUGGCGACACUCCGGACAAGAUGGCUCACGCUGACGGCAACAACUCCAUUGCCAAGACAGCAGACGGAAAGGAAGAGAAUUACGGCACGCUGAACAGCCUUGAGAUGAUGGACGUGCUGACACGAAACCUGGUGUUGUGGCAGCAACAGUUUGGCGAACACCGGGACAAAUGA